GAGCUCGUACUCUACCUAUCGUUGAGCCGUCGAUAGCUUCUGAAAACUUCCGCGUCAGGGAAGCGUAGCGGAAGAGCGCAGGCGCGAAGCAUGUCGUCUUCAAAGGGCGACGUUAGCCUGUCCGGCGGUCAGCUGGCAUCGCCUGGUACUUCUGCCCCAAACCUUAUCCCCCCUGGUACACCAGGCACUUCACGCUCUGCGAGGAGACGAGGGGCAGCAAAAGCUCGCGAUGGAGGCGGCCCCUCGGCAGCAGCUACGAGUGGAUCCAAAAAGGAGAAAGACAAGGCUGUCCACAAGACGUUUGAAGCGUCCCUUAACGGACAUGCGUAUUUGCCUUACACGAUCAUCAGGUCUGGGAGCCCAUCCUCGCAUUCGCCGACAUUUUCUCGCGAUGGAGAGUUCUUCUUCAUGCCGACAGGUGCCGCGGUCAAGGUGUAUUCGCGUCUGACAGGCGAGGUGGUAUCCACACUUUCGAUUCCGCAGCGUCCUUCGUCUUCCAGGUCGACGAAGCCUGGUCAGCCAUCCACUUCGUCUAUGUUCACUGAUCUGCGCAUCACAUGCAUCUGUUUGCACCCGCUCAAUCCGCUACGUCUAGUCGCUGGCUGUUCAGACGGCAGUAUUCGGAUCUGGGAUUAUAUGGAAGGGGCUAUGCUGCAAACGCUACCCAUUGUACCCGGCCUGCACAUCAGUCAUAUUGCUACGGUUGGCGAUGCAUACUCCGAGAGGAGAGAGGAGAUUCUGGAAAGCCUGUCGAAAGAAGAACAAGACAAGCACAUGGACCUUCGCCAGUGGGUGUUUGUCGUUCUUCAAAAGAGGAAAUUAAAACGCAAGGAGCGAGCCGCAAAGGCCCAAACGCGUACAGAAGCCAGCGCGGAGACUAUACAAACAGAGACUAGGGCGGGGGAGAAAAUGGAAGGCGAGCAAGAUGACGGCGAAGAGCGAGAAAAUUCUCUCAUAUACGCAGUUCAUCUGCGAUACUCUCUUCAAGCCAACAGAGGGAUAGAGCAUAAUCGCUUAGCUUUGCGCCUCGGCAAGACGCGUGGAGCGGCUGCAGAUCUCCAAGCCAGUGCGGAUGGCAGAUUUUUGGUCUGCAUCGGGAACAAGAAACUGCAGAUUGCGCUUCUAGAGAAGCUCAUGACAGCCAAGUUGGACUCAACUCAGGCCUCGGAUGCCCCUGAUGCAGCUCAAGAAAUGGUUGUGAAUGGCGGAGUCAAGGUAGCGUCAACGUCGAACGCAGCUGCCAAGCAACGGAGACCGCGCCAAAAAUCAGAAUUGCAGGGGCCCGAAGAAGGGUUCAUCAAGUUUGCCACCACGUCACACCUGACGUGCUUGGCACUACCUCACGAUCCCGAGAUGGAGACAGUCGCCACCGGAGACGAGAACGGCGUGAUUCGUCUCUGGCACAGCUGCUUGGAUGAAGAGAUGCUGAUGAAGAUAGCACGUGACGAUGAGGCGAUGCGGCAGCUCUCGUCUGCCUCUGUCAACGGAGCGGUCGCAACAGAAGCGACAGACAAGUAUCUGGCCAGCAGUACGUUGCACUGGCAUGCGCAUGCUGUUGCAAGCCUGGCGUGGAGCUACAACGACGCACAGCUUAUCAGCGGAGGAGAGGAGGCAGUCCUUGUCAUCUGGCAAAUUGGAGCAGCCGGAGGUGCGUCGGGCAAUCAGACCAAAAAGGAGUUCGUUCCAAGGCUGCGGGCCCCCAUUGCCAGUGUUGCAGAGAUCAGAGGGUACGAAGGCAGGGACGGAGAGUACCUCGUCACGCUCAAAGAUGGCAGCAUCGCAUUCAUCAGUGGAGUUAAUCUGAAGCCAAGCCGGACUUUGGCCAGGAUCCGGAUGGACCCCACCCGCUCAAUGCUGCCGGAAAGUCAGCGGCGUACCCUUCCGAUGCCGCUAGCUGUCGAGCCAGUAUCAGGCGCCUUGGUCCUGUCGGGUAGUCACCCUUCGGAGCUGCAGUUCUUCCAUCCCUCUAACGAUACGCUCGCAUAUGAGCUCGAGGUCACGCCCUCAAAUCGAGUGUCAAGGCCAGACGAGGAGUUCAUCGAGCCAAUCCGAGUACAACACGUGGCCUUCGCCCCUGCAUGCUCGCAACCACAGCAUAAAGGGUCCCCCCUGGGCAUGAGCCCGUGGAUGGCGGUCGUUGACAAUCGUCAAGGAGGCGAAGGCGUCUCGCAGGAGAUGGCUUUGACUUUCUGGCAAGCGCGACCAGGCAAAAAUUCGACAGGCUACAACCUCAUUUCUCGCAUCCACAAGCCACACGAGAAGGAGCUGACAGCGAUGGCAUUUUCACCACGCGCCCAGCUGUCAAGCGAAGCUCCUGUUUUGGCGACUUCCAGCUACGAUGGAACUGCCCGCAUCUGGCAACUCUCCUCUCAGCUUGUCAAGGGCAACAGGCGAGAAGUCUUUUGGUCGCUUAGCUCAGUCUUUUCGUACCGUGGAAACGUUGCGAGAGAAAUCUCCUUUUCCCCCGAUGGAACCCUUCUUGCUGUUGCCCAUGGCACUGCAGUCACAAUCUGGGACCUUACGAGCAACGCAAUGAGGCUUGCCUUCGUGUUACCGGAUGUCAAAUCCUUCUAUCAUGUUUGCAUUGGAGGACGCAGAGGGCGCUUCGUGGCAGCCUCAGGGGGCAAGAUUGCCAUUGUGUGGGAUCUAAUCACGCAGCAGGUCGUUCUGCGCCAUGUCUUCCCCGGCAGUGGUAUAAUCUCUGGCGUAUGGUCGCAGGGCAGUCAGCAGCCUCGUUUCGUCAUCGCCCUCGAUGAAGUCAGUACAGGGGAGGUUCACUUUGCCACUUACGACCCUCAGCAUGCAUCGCUGCAAAGUGCUGGCCGCACAUCUUUCUCUCUGCGCGCCAUUGCACCCCUUGCUUCACGGGAAUCUUCGACACCUUCUUUGCGCGCGAUCACCGAGAGCUUUGACCUUGUCGACAUUGGACCGCAAGCGAACGAGUCCCGCCAGCCCGCGAAGAGCAGGUCACUUCACACAGCGUCUGUAUCGAGACGCAGCCUUUUCCAGGACUUGUUUGGUUCAGAAGAAGCGCCGCAGCCCACUCACUCGCUGGGGGUUCCCUCGAAUGCCCUUGCUGCAGGCGGUGUUCUCAGUUUAUUCACAGCCCCGGCCCACUUGCUUCCGUCUAUGGAGAGCAUCUUUACGCCUUUCCUGAAUGGCAUUCUUCCACCAAAGCCUAUCUCCGCGAAAGCGGGCACCCCAUCAGAAGUCAGCGCAGCUUCACAAGGUCCUGCAGAUGAAGUUUCUCCAUUGCGUCCAGCACAGCAGCCCCUCUCUGGUAAUUCUUUGCAAGUCAUCGCUGCGGCCGACUUGACGCUAUUGACACGAACGUUCCGCGACGUCCUUUCUAUGAGUGCGACUCCGGCGCCAGCUCUUUCGAAUGGAAAGGCUGCCAAAGUGAAUGUAUUGGCUCGAGCCCCAGCGACGCCUUCAACCACAGUGGUUAGCUCUCCAAACACUGCGGCGUCGAAAAACACACCUGGCUGCUCAAACAAGAGUCCCAAGGCGAAUGGAAGUGGGAAGAAGCGGAAGGCGGACUAAUGUAGCUUAUCGGCGAUAGUAGGACGCGUUUGGCAGGUCCAGCCGAGUUAUGGAGUUUAUCAAAAUCAGUACAAAUUAUGAACACAAGAUCCUUCCCUGCCAAGAAAGGACGUGGGUGGAUCGACGACGGGGAGGAAUGCGAUGAUGAUACACUCAAAUGAUCUGAUUUUGCGGCAGCGGCU